GUAAUUUCCAAUAUUCCUCUCCAAUUACAGUGGUACGCCUAAUAGGCGCAUUUUCAGCUGAAAAUAUGCUGCCCAGGAUGGCCUUGGGUGAGUAAUAGACGUUAUCUUAGCAGCUUCAGUUAGGUCCCCUCUGGCAGUUUGCCCCGUCGGCGUCCUCCGACUGUCUCGACCAGACGGCUGCACAUCCUGAAGCCAGGACGGAAUCCAGCCUAUAGGUCGCAAGAAUGAGUUGAUUCAAUGAAUUUCAUAACUGCUCAAUUUCCUCGUCUCCAAAGUAAUAAUUGAAGUGUCGUUUAUUCUUCUCUAAUAUUCAACUCUUUUGGACACUUAUAAGGUGGCGUCGUUGAGGCCGGUGUUCACCAUGGAAGAGCUUGGAGACGUAGAAUACAACUCCCACAUUGAAUCCCUCCGGCAGCGAGAGUAUCCGUCGUUAACAGAUUCUCUUUACCUCGAUAAUGCUGGCACUCCCCCAGUUCCCCGUUCAUUGCUGGAGCGGUUCUCCGCCAACAUGAUCUCAAACAUGCAUGGUAAUCCGCAUUCUUCGAGCACUGCAUCCCAGACAACCACUCAAAUGAUCGAAAACGUCCGAUUGGACGUCCUUCACAUGGUCAAAGCGGAUCCAAAUGAAUUUGAUGUUGUCUUCGUCGCUAAUGCGACGGCGGGGGUGAAACUUGUGAUCGAUGCCUUUCGCGACUGUCAGAGCGGCUUCUGGUAUGGAUACCAUCGGGACUCACACACCAGUAUUGUGGGCGGUCGAGAGGUCGCAAUGCAACACCAAUGUUUCGAAUCGAAAGAAGCAGUGGACGACUGGAUCCGGAAUGGAUGUCGUAGCAAAGAACAACAGUUCAUGCAUCGCCUUUUCACCUUUCCCGCGCAAUCAAACAUGAACGGUUACCGACUACCACUCCGGUGGAGUCGUGAAAUCCGUUCCAAGAGCCCACCUGGUCAACCAGUCUACACCCUUCUUGACGCCGCCGCGCUCGUCGCUACUUGUCCACUGGAUUUAAGUGAUGCCGAUGCUGCGCCCGACUUUACGGUUCUGAGCUUCUACAAAAUCUUCGGGUUUCCAGACCUAGGCGCCUUGAUUGUCCGAAAGUCGUCUAGCGCUAUCAUGACACGGCGCAAGUACUUUGGAGGCGGCACCGUUGACCUCGUCCUGUGCUUACAGGAGCAAUGGCAUUUAAAGAAGAAUGACUCGCCGCACUCGCACUUGGAAGACGGUACCCUCCCAAUUCAUAGCAUCCUGGCCCUUCAGUCUGCGGUAUCCGUUCAUCGCGACUUAUUUGGGUCCUUUGAACGCAUCUCAAGGCACGUUUCUUUCCUGACCCAGAGACUUUAUUCGGAGCUGAAGUCUCUGCGUCAUCCCUCUGGCACGCCGGUCUGCCAAAUUUACACCGAUCCCGACUCGGGCUAUACCGAUAUGAAAAUGCAAGGAUCAACAAUAGCCCUGAACUUCGAAACUCCAAGCGGUACAUGUGUCCAGCAUGCAGAAGUUGAAAAGCUCGCUGCCGUACGAAAUAUAAGCUUACGAACUGGAGGCGUUUGCAACCCCGGCGGUGUAUCGGCUGCACUUUCUUUAGCGCCAUGGGAACUCCGACGCAAUUUCUCCGCCGGUGCUAGAUGCGGAGUUGAAGAUGGAGAAGGCUGGGUCGGAGAAGGGAAACCAACGGGAAUUGUACGAGUCAGCUUGGGUGCUGCAAGCACGAUGAAUGAUGUUGAAAAUUUUCUUGUGUGGGUGAAAGAGUUCUUCAUCGUGCACAACCAGACCGCCUAUAUCGAGACUCCGUUGAAGGAUGGACGGCAAGUCGGGACGACUCCCUCUUCACCUAUGCCCGAUAUCAAAAGUCGACUUGGAUAUGAGCAAUUGAUGUCUGGGGGAACCACCUACACUGUCGAGUCUAUUACGGUAUACCCGAUCAAGUCGUGUGCUGGGUUCAGUGUACCACAAGGGCAAUCAUGGAAAGUACGACGUGAAGGCCUAGCCUGGGAUCGCGAAUGGUGCAUCGUACAUCAAGGCACUGGAACAGCCCUGAGCAUGAAGCGAUAUCCGCAUAUGGCUCAUAUUAAGCCAACCGUUGACCUAGAGAAAGGAAUCCUGCGAAUCGAAUGCUCUCGAACGGCCAAACAGAUGUCUUUUCAACGCCCAUCAGUGGAAGUACCCCUUUCCGAGGACCCUCGGCCAUUUGAAAGCUCAUCGAGGUUACUGGAGACAGGGUUACCCGAGUUCAAGGGUCAGUCGACGAGAGUAUGCGGUGAUAUUAUCAUGGCAAAGACGUACCAAUCCCUCGAAAUAUCAGAGUUUUUGUCGGAAGCUGUGGGAGUCCCAUGUCGCCUUGCACGUUAUUCAUCCAACUCGGCAUUGCAAGGCGUCGGAAGACAGUGGCGUGGUGUUUCCGGGAAGCACAAUUUGCAACUAGAGGACACCAUUACUAAGCAAAAGCCUACUCAUGUUUCUGUUCCGGGAUCUUAUCCCUCAACAAAGGUCGCAGACGAUGAAAAAGAUAGCGGUAUCGGAAUUGACUCCGACCACGAGGCUGCUCACAUCCAUGAGCGAGAAAAUCCCAUCUUAUUGGCAAAUGAGUCUCCAAUCCUCAUUAUUAACCGGGCCAGCGUGAGGCUUUUGAACCAGCAGAUAAAGAGCGCAGGGAAUGUUCAUGCAGGAUUUGACCUGUUUCCUGACAGGUUCAGGGCGAAUAUUGUGAUUAAGCCGCUGGCGCCAUCCGCGCAAGGCCCGCUUGACCACUCCAACGCAUAUGAGGAGGAUAGUUGGUGUGAUGGCUGCCAUAUCCUCUCCUUCAUUCCCUGUCCUUCGGAGAAUGGGAUUGAUUCCCCUCCCACCAUCCUUCAAGUGCUUGGAGCUUGCCGCCGAUGCCAAAUCGUCUGCGUCAAUCCAAAGGAAGGAGAGAAAGAUUUGCGUGGUGAGCCGUUCGUGACACUCGCCAAGACAAGGCGAGAGCCUGGGAGAGGGGGCGUGAACUUCGGAAUUCACUGCGGACUGCAGGACUCUGUGGGUAGGAUCUGCGUGGGACAGAAUAUUUCGGUCACAAACGGACCAUGAUCCCUAUUGUCAGGGAAGGAGUUCGCCCUGUAGGAUUCGUUAAUAUCGAUGAUAUAUGCAUACGCCGAAUGGCUCGAAACUUGCUCACUAGCUGUGGUGGUGUUUUGCCUUCUAGCGAAUGGGCUGAGCGUACAGGAAUUGCAUAUGGACCCUCCCAGGCGGCUGCACGGAGUAGCUAUAUCUACUAAGUACUCCUUUCGCCAGAGCCUUUUGCGUCAGUUUCUUAUCGGUUGUCUUGUUUGAUAACGAUUACAGACUUGGAAGCCGACGGUUACCAAGACUUCCUUGACGGACGGAUAGCCUAUAACUAAGAUGCAGACAUGUAGGGAAAGUAAUGGCAGAGAGUGCCAUUUUAAACUAGUAUGAAUGAAGUGCUCU